AAACUUCUAGGAAUCAAGUAGAUGGAAUUAAGCAAUUCAGUAACAAAACAGUUCUAAGAAAUGAUUUUAGUUUUGACAUCCAUACCACGAAAGUAAAAUGUGACGCGUUUAUUACCUAUCUAUCACAGCAUUUCAGAUAAAAUACUGGUUAUGAUUGGGAAAUCCCUUAGGCAAGGUUUUACAUCAUUAGAAAGUCUCAAAAAAUCAGUCACGCGCCUCAAACAUUUCUCGCAACUCUUGGAACCCCAAAAAAAAUCAAUAAGUGGUCAAAUUCCUAAUGGUAAAAUGGGCUGUAGCACAUCCAGAGUAGUUGAAAUUUCCGGUGCUUCAGGGAAAGUGUCUUCAGUUGAACCUUCUGAUGAAUUCGUAGAAGGUGAUGUUUGCCAAGUAGACGAUAUUGGUGAAAAUGAACUGAAGACCUUUGAUUUAGACGAGGGAAAGGUCCUUUUGGUGAAACAGAAUGGAAUAAUCAAUGCCCUGGGCACUAAAUGUCCCCAUUACGGGGCCCCACUGGUUAGCAGUGCCUUGGGAGAUGGCAGGUUGAGGUGUCAAUGGCACGGAGCUUGUUUCAAUCUAGCCACAGGGGACAUAGAAGAUUAUCCUGCUGUCGAUGCUCUACCAUGCUACAAAGUCACCAUCCACGACAACAAAGUGAGAGUUCGCGCAAAGAGAUCCGAAUUAGAAAGUAACAAACGCACCCCAUCUAUGGUCAAAGCAGACCCCAAGAAUGAAAAGCACUUUGUAGUGAUAGGAGGCGGACCUGCAGGGGCAAUUUGCGUAGAAACUCUCCGACAGGAGGGUUACAAGGGAAGAUUGACAAUGGUUUGUAGGGAGCCCUAUUUACCAUAUGACAGGGUCAAAGUAAGUAAAACAAUGGACUUUGAAAUUGAAAAAGCUCAGUUCAGGGAUAGCAAGUUCUACAAGCAGUAUGACAUAGACGUACUGAAAGGAGUUGAAGCCACUGCCGUGAAUACCUCACUGAAGACCGUUUCAUUGAGCAACAAUUCACAACUUAGUUACGACAAGUUGUUUAUAGGCACUGGCUGUAAGCCUAGAAAAACCGACAUUCCUGGGGCUGAGCUGAGAAAUGUGGUCGUUUUGCGAGAUUAUGAGCAUUCUAAGUAUACAAUAUCCCAACUGGGCGAAGACAAAGAAAUAGUAGUCCUAGGCAGUAGUUUCAUUGCGCUAGAAGCUGCCAAUUAUUGUCAAAACAAAGUUAAAAAAGUCACGGUGGUAUUGAGAAAGAACCUACCGUUUCAGCCCCUGUUAGGACCAGAAGUCGGAGCUGCCUUUAUGGAUCUCUUCGAGAAAAAGGGUGUUCAUUUCAUUAGGGAGAGCGGAAUCGUCAGGGUCAUAGAGGAUGGUGGAGGAAAUGUUACAGCAGUCGAACUGAAAGACGGUUCCACCCUGAAAGCGGACCUCGUAAUAAUGGGAGUAGGAAGCACAUACUACACAGACUUCCUGAAAAACUCCGGGAUUGAGAUGCAACCAGACGGUUCCAUAGAAACCAACAGUUAUCUCCAGACUAAUGUUCCAGACGUGUUUGUAGGCGGAGACAUAGCUUACGCUCCUGUAUGGUCUCACGGAGGUAAAAAAUCAGCUAUUGGGCACUACCCUCUGGCACACUAUCAUGGAAAGAUUGCGGCUUUGAACAUGGUGGGGAAGACGACGGAGUUGAGGUCGGUUCCUUACUUUUGGACAAUGCUCUAUGGCAAAGGUGUUAGAUACGCUGGUCACGGCGAUUACGACGACAUAAUUUACCACGGCGAAGUUUCCGAAUUGAAGUUUGUAGCUUUCUAUUUGAAGAACGACGAAGUCAUAGCUGUUAGCUCUUGCGCUAUGGAUCCAGUCGUAUCUCAGUUCGCGGAGCUUCUGGCACAGGGCAAAAAACUCUUUAGAAAGGAUCUUGAACAUGACAAACUCGCUUGGACCAAGAAAAAUUAAGGGCACGUUGAAUGGUAUACAGGGUAUUUCGCCUAAAAAUCCCUCAGGAAAUAUCUCCAGACCUAUAGAAUAUAUUCCGGUUUAACAAGAAUGAUGAUUUCAACUUGAUAUAAGAGUCGAAGCAAAUUUUUUCAAUGGCAACAACUUUUGAAUGAGGUGGAGCAAAAGUAAUUUUUUUGUGGAGGAAAUCAGUUUUUUUAUUGAACUUUUUUCGGGUCUUUUCACCUUCCACUAACUGGAAUGAGAAAAUGGUAACGGAGAACUCUACAGUGUGUCAAUUUUAAAACUUACAAUGGGCUAUAAUAUCUCAUGAACGAAAGCUGAAAAAAUUGAA